UGCAUGAAUGAGAGCGCAUGCAGACUGCAACACGUGUCGGUGAACCAGAUAAGAAAGUUCAUCCAAGUUUAAAUGGGUCUUAAUGACCGGCUUUCAAUGUAACAGCCCUGUGUGUAUAAAAUCUGAAGUCCCAUAGUGACAAUGAUAUCCCCGCUUUUCUCUACUACAGAAGCUUGAAAAUAGACCGGAAAUACACAUACUAAGAGGCUGUUCCGGCUUCAUCGGCAUCCAUUCUCAGGUCCUCUCGUUUCGCACGACAGACAUGGAGGACACAACCGCUCCAUGGGCCAGUCAGAGGGUUUUGAUCCUCGUCUUUUUACUGUUGUGUGCUGCCGUGGAUUUAGCCAGCGUUCAGAGUGUGGCACCAGCAGGAGACUGCGGGGGGUACCUGGUAGCUGGAAGCGGGUAUUUCGACAGCCCAAACUUUCCUGACCCGUACCCUGCUGAAGCUGAUUGCCGCUGGACCAUUCGGAGCCGCACCCCAGGUUCCAGAGUGAACAUCAGCUCGGAAUUCUUCUACGUAGAAGAGCAAAACAGUUGUUUGUGGGACCGGGUGGAAAUUCAAGAUGGGGACAUCGUCCAUAAUGCUGUCCAAAGGUUUUGCGGCACCCAGCCUAUCCGCUUCCUGUCCAACAGUGAUACUGUUUACAUUGCUUUCUAUUCUGACAUCUCCAACAACGAUGUGGGCUUCAGAAUACACUACAGAGAAGUUCCAUCAGACAGACCUGGGUGUAAUCUAACGGUGACCGACCUGGCUGGAGACAUUUCUUCUCCCUUCUUUCCGGAUCAGUACCAACCUUCACUCACCUGCACUUACCUACUUCAGGCGCCGCCUGGGUAUCGGGUGGAGGUAGAGUUCGACACGUUUCACUUGGAAUCUGCUCCCUGUGUCUACGACUACAUCGUCGUAUAUGACGGACAAUACACAAAUUCCUCCCAAAUAGGAACCUACUGCGGUCGGGAAAAGCCGUCAUCCAUUUUAUCCAGCAGCUCCUCCCUGUUGAUAAUGUUCGUGGCAGACGACGCAGUGGAGAUGACAGGCUUCAGUGCAGGUUAUCGGUUCAUCGCGCCUUCAACAACGAUGACCACGCAGACGACAACAGCGCCCGCUCCACCGUUCCACUUCGAAGGCAACCAAGAGUGCUACCAGGAGCUGACGGCAAGGCGGGGUACAAUCACCAGCCCCGGGUUCCCCGACCCGUACCCGAACAACAUCCGCUGUGUCACCAUUCUCCGUAGCGGCACACCCAGUUCUUUUCUCCUGGAAUUCUCGCUCUUCGAUCUGGAAGACGGGGAAAGCUGUCAAUACGAUUAUCUCAAGAUCUCUGCAAGUGUUAACAACGGUAGCGAGUCGUCACCUGCAGAUUCCGAGGUUCUUCUCUGCAAUAACGGCCCCAGUACAGGUGUCGUGACCCUUCAGGGGUCAGAGGUUCGCUUGGAGUUCAAGUCGGACCUAUCUGUCAAUGCCGGUGGAUACCAAGGAACCUUUCUCAUAGCACCAAUAGAUACAGAAGGAGGAUGCAGUGCACCUUGUGAAAAUGGCGGCUCAUGUGCAAGACAAGCUGUGGACGAUAUGCUAUUCGUGUGGAGGUGUUUGUGUCACGAGGGUUUCUCGGGGGAGCGAUGUGAAAAGGAGGUCGAGACUUGUGGUCAAGUCAUCUGCAUUCAUGGCGUCUGUCGACCCGAUCCCCAUGAAGAGGGGGUGUUCUGUGACUGUCAGCCUGGCUACACUGGAGACCUGUGCCAGUUCCUUGUUCCCGUGGAGGAAGGAGACGGCCUGGUGUUCACUAAAAUUCCCGGAAACCUGUCGGUGAGCCUGGGAAUCAGCAUCCUGUUGGAGUGUGCGGUCAGUGACCCCUCGGCUGAUGUGAUGUGGCUCUACAGAGACCGCAUACUGACCGAGUCAGAUCGACGGUCGGGUGUGGAAGUCCACCCCGGGGGUGUGGCAUACAUCACUGAGGUACAAGAACAUCAUGAAGGACGCUACACCUGUAUGGCUGUCACCCCUACAGAUCUUCUGGAACGUUCCAUCUGGCUUUCCAUCAAAGAACCAUGCACUCUUCCUGUCGAGAGGGCGCCUCAGAACAUCACAGUUCGAGAAGGGGAGACGGCGCUGUUCCAGUGUCUCGUGCGUUCCGCUGACGUCACCAUGUGGCGCAAAGACGGUGACGUCAUCACCCAAGGACCUCGCAAACGGAUGCUGGUGAACAACUACCUAAUGAUUAACGAGGUGGUGGAGACAGAUGCUGGCGAGUAUAUCUGCUCUGCGCGGGACCACAGCGGGUGCUUUGCCAAGGUGUCUGCUUACCUGACCGUGGAAACGGUUGGUCAUGGCAGAGAGUGUGGCCUGCCAAGGGUCAACGCCUUUGAAGGCCGCAGCUACCGUAUCUCAAGUGGUCGAGAAUCGCCUCAAGGAUCUGCUCCAUGGCAUGUUAUCAUACGAGAAACAGUCAAUGACUCUGCCUUCUGCGGCGGCUCGCUUCUGAACGAACGCUGGCUGGUGACUGCAGCUCAUUGUGUGUACGAGUUCCAGGACAUCUACCGUUACCCGUUCGAUUCUAAACACAUACGACUCUCCCUAGCUACCCGAAACUGUCGAGGAGAAGGGGGAAUACAGCGACGAAUCAAAUCUUACAUCUUACACCCGGACUUUGAGGGGUCAAUAUUCAACAACGACAUCGCCCUGUUCGAGAUGGACGAGCCAGUUUCGUUUUCCGACGAUGUUUUGCCCAUCUGCUUGGAGCGGGCAACGUUUGUCGAGGAGCUGCUGCGAGGAGGCAAGCUGGGCAUCGUCACCGGUUGCGGCAACCUGUACGAGGAAGGCCGUGCACCUCUUUACCUCAAUGAGGUCAAGCUGCCGUACGUGCCGCGGGAGGUGUGUGGUCAGCGCGCGCACGCGGUCAACGCCAGCUUCACGGAGGGCAUGAUGUGCGCCGGCUACUCACGCAGCAUGCAAGGAGACGCAUGCACGGGCGACAGUGGCGGCCCCUACGUCAUGGAGUACAACGGCCGCUUCGUCCUCGUCGGCAUCGUCUCCUGGGGGGUCGGGUGCGACCGCGAAAACCAGUACGGGUACUACACCCACGUGUCCCGCUAUUACGACUGGAUAACUGAAACGACUGGUGCCACCUCUAGAGGCUAACUGCCACCCAGUUUCCACCCAAACCCUACACAGAGCUCCCCCGCACACCCUCAUCAUCACCAAGUCAUACUUUGGGGUAUGUUUAUACUGGCAGGUGGAAAUGUGACACAGCCCAUUGUUUACUGUUUGGAUAAAGAACACUUAACAAUUCAAACCGAGUAACCUUUUAAUUUUCUCGAGCAAUGUCUGUAUGGAUGAGGCACUUGUUUGCUGAUGCUACAAUCGGCCGCCAUGACCCAACCUCCGUCACCGACUCCACAUGAAACAUCUCCAACCAACCAUCCGAAAGGCGACUUUAUAUUUCCCCCCCAAGUUUCUGUCACGCAUUCGCAGACCGUCUUUAGUUUGUCAUUUUAUCUAAUUGCAGUAAUUGAAGUAACUGGUGACUGAUUCAGUUAAAGCUGCUGUAGUAUGGGAGGCUGGACAAACGGUUCCGAAUGUGAGGUUGCAGCGUCGAUUUUAUCGCAUACUUUCUUCGAUUUUCAAGUUUUUAUUAUUUUGUUUUCUUGUCAUAGAGGUCGUGUGUGUAUGUGUGACUUGUAAACUUCGUGUUGAUUAGGACUAGGGUUGGGUACUUGUUUUUUAUUUUUCUCCAGCAGAAUGGUCGAGCUGGGAAAACAAAGUUUGGUAGUCAGCAACAGCUUUGGGUUGUUCCCGCACGUGCAAGUAGAAAUGGGCCUCGUUAGGAAAAAUAUAGUUGCAACGGGAGGACAGGAGAGGGAUGGAAUCAGGUCUUGUAAGCGCUUUCGUCAAGGACAUCUGCAGUGGGUACAGAUCUCAAUUGUUCUGGCCUGAAGUUCACGGAAUUACGAAAUGUCAGGUGCUCUUUACGGGUAUCCAGCUUCACAACUUCUCCUAAGUACAACGGCAGCGAGAGUUAUUUUUUUACCCAGGUCAAGCAACAAUAGAUGGUACCAGAAUAAAACAAGCAAUAACCGAAAAAAAAAAAAUGGUUUGCACUGAGUUGAUCCAAAACUAUUGCAUGGAUUAGUGAUUCCUUUUUGUGUGUUAAACCUUCAUAGCAAAAAAAAAAA